CUAUUCCCUUUCCUCUCACAGUCAUCCUCUCUGCCUUCACAUUCCAUUCGAUUUUAUUUGAUUGCCAACCAUGUCGCUAAGGCCGAGCGCCAGUACGGAGGCUCAAAGGAAUAAGGACAAGGUGGCGGUGGAUGCGGAGGAAGGGAGGAGGAGGACAGAGGACAAUAUGGUGGAGAUUCAGAAGGACAAGAGAGAAGAGAAUUUGCAGAAGAAGGGACGCGAGGGAUUACAGUCACCUCAGCAGCAACUCACCUCCUCCAUCUCCAGUUCCCCUGCCGAUCAGAGUGUAGUUUCCUCCAUCUCCAGUUCCUCUGCCGAUCAGAGUGUAGUUUCCUCCACCUCAGCAGCAACUCACCUCCUCUUCUUAAAUGUUGGUUUAGCUACUUCUUUUCCUUUCCAUUUUAUUCUGUUCACAAGAAAACAGGAGUAGGAUAAUGUUACGUGUCUUUUUGAGUAAGAGCUGCUACUUUGUAAUUCCUGUAUAAAAUGAAAUUACAAGAUUCUUGAUUCUUUUUUGUUUUAGCUCUUUGUCUAUCUUUUUAUUUUGGGAUCUUCCUUUCUUGUUGUUUCUUUCAAUUUAAGUCACAUCAACGGUAUCAGAGGUGAUGAUCCUUUGCCCAUGGGUUAUGCUGCUAAUUCUUCUUCUUCUCUUCCUCCUUUCUUGCAUCUUGGUUUCCUCCCUCUUCUUUGAUUCUAAACUUCUCUCAUUUUCUUUCUCUCUUUUGUGUUCCAUUUCUUCUGUUGUUGUUCUCUUUCACAUUCUUGGUUGUUUCAAGAUUCAUCUCCUUUUCCUCUCAUUGUCUCCCCAAAUUCUUACCCAUCUGAUUGCACAAAAUUUCUUCCAUGAGUUACAUCCAUCUCUCAAUCUCCAAGAACUUGUCAGAAUUCAAUGAAAGAAGGGGAAAGGGUGUGUGAAGAAAUGUAUACAUUGGAUCAUAUUUGUGACAAUGAACCAAUGUGGGUUAACGUCAUAGUUGAUGAAAAUAAAGUAAAGAAAUUUGGUUAAAAGUAAAGAACUUCGGUUGUAGAAUUCUUUGCACCUUGGUGAGGCCAU